CGUCUCACAUAUCUCGAACACGAAACAGCACGCUUUUACGCUGCAUCCAAACUACAUGGCAUUCUUUGAGAAAACAACAAAGCAACUACUCUCCGAAGCCUUAUCGUCAUGAAUUCAGCAGGUAGUGGCGAUUAUUAUGCCAACUCGACCUCUUCCCUAUCUAGCGGGGUGUCUAUGACAGGAGCAACAGUCAGUGUACUAUAUGCUACACCGUUGAUACUACUUGUCGUGGUGAUAUUGGCUGCUUCUAUCCUCCUAUGCCUCGUCAAGAAGCGAGAGAAAAGGGUUGCAGGGAAAUUGGUUUCAUGGCGGCAAGAACGCAGAGAAAUCUUCCUGAGCUCACUGCCAGAACCCGUCCUUUGGCGGCCCAAAGAUGACGCGGAAGAAAUGGCUCAAGAUGAGAAUUCUGUGGAAACCACAUCGCAAUCUUCUGUUCCCGCGACGAAGGACCAAGCCGAGCUUUGGUGAUUCAGACCUUAGAGGGAAGUUUGUACAGGGACUGAUUUUCUGCAGUGCAUUCUGCCUGGACGAAUUCAAAUUGUCUGAUCUGGUGCAGAAACUACCACAGUGCCCUCACUACUUCCACUCCAAGUGCACCGAUGAGUGGAUCAAGAGAGAACUGGAGGCGUCAGAAAAGGCUGAGAUCGUUUCGGCCUUGUCGGAGCCACGAACGCCUGAAGAUACACUUCGGACUAUCUCGAUGCCAUGUCCCUUAUGCCGGAGGAGGUUACGAGAAGUUGCUGUAGCUGGUAUUUCCAAGCCCGAGCCAGCGCAUGUCUUGAACGCACAACGGCUUGAUUCUGUGGUUGUUGGCGAGGUCUAGGUAGACUUCCGCUUGAGUGAAAUAUUGUUUUGGGCAAGAAACCUGCCAUGUACUAUGGCCAGGCACUGUAAGAGCAACGCCACGUCGCCAACGGUCUAGACCUGUGGCCUCCGCGAUUCCGGGGAACUGAAAGUGCACGGCAGGUGACUGACUAGCGAAGUCAACC